GGAUGUCAUACGUAUUAAGAAAACAGAGAGGGAGGGAGAGCAGCCUGUGUCUGUAGGUCGUCUCUCACCCCAGCCGUUCAGGCUUCUUCUCGUGUCAAAGAUGCAGGUCACUGGUCGAGAAAAAUCUGUUUGGAUAUACAUUCUCUUAUUUACGUCUCUACAACUUUGGGGAAGACUAUCAGCUUCCACUGCUUCCCCCCCUCUUCCGGCACCUGAACUUAACUUCUCUAUGAGGUCAAAGGACUCACUGGUUCUGGUCUGUCAGGCCCCGGAGGGCCACCAUGGGGUUCUGUUCAUGUUGUACCGGUUCAGAGAAAAUGUGGACUCUCAGGAGCCGAUGUCCGGUGCUCAGAAGGUCUACUUCAUAGUGAAGAUGAAGGAUUCAGUGGAUUCAGACCAACGUGAACUUUACUGCUGUCUGUAUAAGAACGAGGAGGGUCACUACAGCGCCUUCAGUCCCUAUUUGCAGCUGGACCACAAUGCAGACGGCACCCCGACUCACUCCAUACCAUCUUUCCCUCCUCCAGUCUUGUCUGUGCAACCCUCUACUGGUGUGGUAAAACAUGGGGACAUGUUGUCCUUCAGCUGCUCCGUCCCCUCCCUUCUGCCCCAGACUCAGUCCCAGUCUACUGAUAACAACAAGCCAGUGACCUUCCUUUUGCUGAGGACUGCUGCAGGAACAGAAGCAACAUCCAUUAUCCCACAACCUCAGGCCAGUCAGGCAUCAGACUCGGAACCCCAGCCGGGAGUCUUCAACGUGGGGCCAGUGAAGGGAGGCGAGGAGGGCGAGUACACGUGCCUCUACCAGGUCACCAGUAACUGGGGCUUGGUUAAUUCAACCGUCAGCAACAUUGUUCAGAUAACUGUCACAGACAUGUUGCCGGUGCCCACCCUUGUUCUACAGCAGGAGGCGGAGGUGUGGCAUUUGCUCUGCACAGGGUCUCCUGCUUACCCCGGUGCUGUGUUCUCCCUCUACUUGGUUAAGAAUGAACUUCCUGUAGCCACCCACCGUGCCACCAUGAUCCAGCAUCAGGCUGUUUUUCAAGUGCCAGUCCAGGAUACUCUAAUGGCUUUAUACCAGUGUGAGUACAGUGUCCUCCUGGGUAGGAAAUGGAGCAACUCUGAGCGCAGUCUCCCUGUGGCAGUAACCAAAGGAUCCUCCCUUGCACCAUCACCAGGUAUCCUCAUUGUAUCUCACAAUAAUGCCAGUGUGAUGUCCGCAGAUGACUCUCGUGUAGACUGGCCCCUUGUCCUGGGCUCCCUCUCUGCUGUGGUAUUGUUUGUCGGCUCAGUGGGACUCGUGGCGGUGGUUGUGCACCGAAAAGUAAAAGCAAAAGCCGAGGAAAGGAAGAAAAGACAGGAUGCAAAGUUCUGGACUCAAGUUCACGCUAAAGACCAUGUUGUUGACCUUACACUCAGACGUAGAAGCUUCACCUCUCAGGAAUGGGCCAGUGUGGACACAACUACAGAAACACCCUCCAGAUCCCCUUUAUGGAACUCGCUGUCCACAUUCACAACCCCCAUCCAUCCGAUCUAUUAGAAAUCAAAAGGAGAUGCCAAAAAAAGCCUCAUCACAGCUCAGCUCAUCUCACUGCAGAUGCAGUUUGAACAGAUGGCAUGAAGUUUUGUUAAAUAAUCUACCUGUAUGAUUGUUUAGGCUGAAAUAAUAGUUCAGAUUAUUUCAAAGUGCACUUUGCUGGCUUGAUUUAUCACUAUAGAGCUGACUACAGAU